AAAGGAAAUUAGAAUCCCUCUUUCUCUCUCUUUCUGAAAAAACGAUUCCGAGGUUUCGUUAAAAAAAAUUGUAUUUCUUUUAUUCUGUAAGACGAAGAGCCAUGAUAAAUUUAAUUCCGGCUGAGAAUAAUGAGAUCUAUCUCCGCCAAGAAGGACAUGGUUUGAAGGGUUUAUGAGCUCUGCAACCUUCUGAGGCCGGAGAUCAGUUGAGUUUAUUCCAAGUUGUAUGCAUUUAUAGCUGAUAAUGGCAGAUGGAAUAUCAAGCUUUUGGGGUCCUGUCACAUCUACUGUUGAGUGUUGCGAGAAGAAUUAUGCCCACUCCUCUUAUAUAGCGGAAUUUUACAAUACCAUAUCAAAUAUCCCGGCUAUUCUUUUGGCUCUCAUUGGUCUUGUAAAUGCGUUAAGACAAAAGUUUGAGAAAAGAUUCAGCAUUCUUCACAUAUCUAAUAUGAUACUUGCCAUUGGAAGCAUGUUAUACCAUGCCACCUUGCAACGUGUGCAACAACAGAGUGAUGAAACUCCUAUGGUGUGGGAGAUGCUUCUCUAUAUGUACAUCCUGUACUCACCAGAUUGGCACUAUCGCAGCACAAUGCCCACUUUCCUUUUCCUCUAUGGUGCUGUUUUUGCUGUUGUUCAUUCUGUUAUUCGUUUUGGCUUUGGCUUCAAGGUGCAUUAUGUGGUUCUCUGCCUUCUCUGUAUCCCUCGAAUGUAUAAGUACUACAUUCACACCCAAGUUGCCUCUGCUAAGUGGGUUGCAAAGUUGUAUGUGGCUACUCUUUCCCUAGGUAGUUUAUGCUGGUUCUGCGAUCGUGUAUUCUGCAAACAGAUAGUGAGUUGGCCAAUCAACCCUCAGGGCCAUGCCCUAUGGCAUCUUUUAAUGGGUUUCAAUUGUUACUUCGCAAACACAUUUUUAAUGUUCUGUCGUGCUCAGCAAAGGGAAUGGGCUCCUAAAAUUGUCUAUUUUAUGGGCAUUCUCCCGUAUGUGAAGAUUGAGAAACCAAAAGCACAAUGAUAAAUUGAGGAGGGAACUCUGAAAUACAGUUUUUCUUUUCCGUAAUUGGAGGUAGGCAGGAAAAGUAAUGAAAACGUCAGUCUAAAUUUUUUGUUC